AUGCCACAUUCGCCGGCCCUUGGAAAAGCCUCCGACCAGGCCAUACUCUUCGAGUUCUUGUACUACUACUACGCAUAUCAAAUUGAAGCAGGCGUAUUUUCGGAGUCAGAUAGAUACAUUGCACAUAAAUGUGAUCCCACAACCGGCACCAUCUGCACCUUCAACCAGUUUCUCGACUCUGUCACUCCGAAUGGUCGCUCGCCCAAGGUGAUAGAGGCUGGAGACACAACCUCACCCGCCAUCAAAGGCGCUGAUGAAACAUUUUCUGGCAUGGUAUGGGAUUACGAGUAUGACCCUGAUCACUUGUGGAAAGGUGGAGUGAAAUUGAAUCACAUGGCUGUGACGGCGAGGGUGACCAACCGUAUUCAAGAGGCGCGCGGGAUUCAAACAGUCGACUCCAACCUCUUAUCCAAGGCAAAGGAAGCCCUCGAGGUUGUUCAACCAAAGCGCUGGAAGGAAAACUUUGAGAAAGUAGCCCCCGACUUUCAGCUCAAAUACAAGGGCGUGACUCUGUAUGAGACGGAGACUACGGUGGAUGGCACUAAAGUCAAAGUCAUUGAUUGGGUCAAGACAGCUGAAGUCCAGGCAUCGAAAAGUUCUUCCAAGUCCAAGAUUCUUCUAAAACGGUAUCAAGACUGGGUGAAGGGUAAUAAGGGCUAUAAGUACCGGCAACAUCAGCAUAUGGCGCGGAACAUCGCCGAUUUUCGUAAUGUUCUGGAUGCAGAACCGAGUUGUCGCGCGGAAGUUCACGACUACGUUAGAAGUACUCCCUGA